ACUUGUACACUCUUUCCUCGCAAAAUGAAGACUGGUAAACAUUACUGGUAUGCACUCCUUUUUAUACUGUUUGAAGUGCCUACCUGUGUGUACCUGAGCACUGCUUAUUUGCAAUAUUUAUUUAUUACCUGGUUACGCAAAUAACUCUUUUUGAAAAACCCAACUAACUCUUUUAUUAUUGUGUUGUUUUCAAAUGAACUGUUAUCCCUUACAAUAUUCUAUGUACCUGUUGAAUUUGGUGACAUAUUUUUAUGACCUAGCAUUAAUAUUUUCAAUAUGCAGCUGCAAUGGACCGUGCUGCUGCGUUGAAUUGCAGGCAUAAAUAGACCGCUUGGAAAUGAAACUGAAACACAUUGAAGAUUCAAUUGACAAUAUUGUUAAGAAGAAAUUGGAUGAAAUACAAAAAACAAAUAUUGCGAUGAACGCAAAAGUUUUAGCAUUUAUGAACCAGCUUUCAAAAAAUAUGGCCGAUCCCGAAAUAAUGUUACCAAUAAAGAAUGAGGAGGAGAUAAGUUCAAUGGAUGCUGCAAUAAAGGAGACUCCUCAAAAAUAUAAUAAAUUGUUUCAAUCUACUUUACAAGGUGGAAUUUCUUCAAAUAUGGAAAGGGUUUUCUCCAAGGAUCUUAUUAUCAGAAUGAAUUACAAUGGGGAGUACGGAAAAAUUAGUUUGCGGAAGUAUGCAAACAUAUGUAUAAUCGACUUAGCGGGACGGACGCACGUAUGAAGACUUCGUGCGUUCGAUACGAGAUGGUUUCAAACGAAGCAAAAACUGUUUCUACAAAAAGAGAUCGUACGACAAAAAGCUUAUCAGUUCACCAUCAAUUAUUAGUCCAUCGGAUUCCAGAUAUCCAGAAUUUAAUUUUUAAUUUUCAUUUAGCUUAAGUUUUAUGUUCAAU